CACACCAUGGUCGCCUCGGUCGCAGUCAUCCAAGGCGCCGGCGGCUCGCUCGGCUCGCACUUUGCCCGUCACCUCCUCAAACGCACCUCGCUCUCGGUCGUCGGCACCUCGCGCGACCCGGCCGCCGCCAAAAAGGCCAUCCUCGACGGCGCAGGCGACGGCUUUGACCCCUCGAGGUUGACCGUCCUCGAGCUCGACGUCAAGCGCGAGGACUCGGUCGCCCAGGCCGCGAGCGACGUCGAGAAGCGGUUUGGCGCAAAGAGCCUCCGGUUGCUCAUCAACGCGAGCGGCGUCCUCCACGCCGACAAGUCGAUCCGCCAGGUCGACAUGGACCAGCUCCUCGAGACGUUCCAGCUCAACACGUUCGGCCACCUGUUGGCGUUCAAGCACUUUUGCCGGCUCCUGCCGCAAAAGAACGACAUGCGCAAGUCGCAGGCCGACAGCGCCGACCAGGACCCGGCCAACGGCGCCGUCCACCCGGGCCUGAGCGUCCUCGCGAGCUUGACGGCCAAGGUCGGCUCGAUGGGCGACAACAAGAUGGGCGGCUGGAUCGGGUACCGCGCGUCCAAGGCGGCCGCCAACCAGACGAUCGUCACGCUCCAGCGCGAGCUCUCGAUGCGCUCGACGCCGUCGAUCGCGCUCGCGCUGCACCCGGGCACCGUCGUCGGGACCAACCUGUCCAAGCCGUGGACGCGCGAGGAGGAUGCCGGCAAGAAGCCUGGCGUGCACGACGCCGACACGGCGACGGCCAAGCUGCUCGACGUCAUUAGCGGGCUCGGCGAGAAGGACGGCGGGCGGUUCCUCAACUAUGCCGGCGAGGAGCUCCCUUGGUGAUUGCGAGCGAGGCUCGACCCUCGCACUGCAACUCUGUACAAAGCUCGUCUCGCGCU